UAUCAGGAGAUAUUUCAAGUUAUCGUCAAAACUCAAACCGGCGACCAUGAAUGUCAAAGUGGAUCGACAAGGUUUAGAGGAAAUCAUCAUCAUCAAGUUUAGUUUAAUGUCAAAUGUGUGUUUAGACUCUAGUUUGAAUUCAUGUUUUAUCUUUGUAGUCUCCAAAUGCUAGCUUGCACAUGUUGUCUUGUAGUGCAAAGCUUUUGCCUAUUUAAACCCAAAGAUGAAUGAGAAACACCCAAGACUUUAGGGUUUCAUUUUCCCCCAA